AUGACAAAUGGAGAUGAUGAAAAUGGUAGCAUGGCAGAGGCAAGUUGCACACAGCUGAGAGACAGAGGGAGAGUUAGGUUAGGGUUUCUGGUUUUUCAAGACAAAUACAACUGCGAUUGCAAGCCUGAGAACAAAGACAAAAGCAAAACAGUUUUCAGGAUGGGGGUGGAUCUCUACGCCAUCCGGGGCCACUAUAGAAGCCGCAACAUAGAAAAAUCUUCCUCAGCUUGGCCCCUUUAUGAAGAGAAGCCUAUCCAACACAAAGACCAUUCCUACCAUAUCCUCUCUCUCUCUCUCUCUCUCUCUCUCUCUCUCUCUCUCGUGGUUGUUCCGGAAAAGGUCCUUUCAUCCUCCAUGAAUGCCAGAACCGUAGGCACGGGCAAUGGAACCAUAGUCCUCGCGCAUGGUUUUGGAGGAGACCAGUCUCUCUGGGACAAGAUCAGCCCAUCCUUGGCCAAGCACUACCGGGUCCUCUCCUUCGACUGGUGCUUCUCCGGCGCCGUCCGAGACGGGAACCUGUUCGACCCCGCGAAGUAUUCCUCAUACAACGCGUACGCCGACGACCUUGUUGCGCUCCUCGACGAGUGGGGUCUGAAAUCGGUGAUCUUCCUGGGGCACUCCAUGUCCGGCAUGAUCGGAUGCAUUGCCUCCAUCAAGAGACCUGAGCUCUUUCAGAGGCUCAUACUACUUCUUGCUUCUCCAAGGUACUUGAACUCCGGUGACUAUGUGGGCGGGUUUGAAGAGGUGCAUAUCGAUGACAUGGUCUCGAGCAUCCGAUCGAACUAUCAAGAAUGGGUCGAGAACUUCACCCCUGCGGUCGUGGAUCCCGAAGACCCGCCUUCCCUCGAUAAGUUCCGAGGGUGUUUGCGCAGCAUGAAGCCCGAAGUCACGGCAUCCUUGGCCGACACCAUCUUCCGCUCCGACUACCGGCACGUUCUCGCGGACGUGACCACGCCGUGCACCAUAGUCCAGGUCACCAACGACAUGGUCGUGCCGGCCUCCAUCGCGCACUACAUGUGUGAGAGGAUCUCGGGGCCAUCGACCGUGGAGAUGAUCGAAGGCACGGGACAUUUCCCCCAGCUGACAGCGCACGAGCAGCUCCUCGAUGUGCUCCGCCAAGCUCUGGGGUUCCAAGCUCCCGGCGGAGAGGGCAUGCCCACAUCGACCGGGACGAGUGGACCAGCCGACCAUGGUCGUGAUUGAGAUCCGGACAGUCGGGUUUCGAUUAAUAAAUCUCUCCUUUUGGAUUGCCCAACUUGUCGUGUGAUGUUGCCAGUGAUAGUGAAAUGUAUGGUGAUGUGUUUCUGCUUGGUUUUAGUAUUGUUUAAUUAUUAGUUUUGUGUAUAAAUAUAGAGGUUGCGUUCAUAUGUUUGGUUUGAGCUUAUUUGUCUAUAGACCCUUGGGCUUGAGGAUUGAAUUACAUGUAAUGUAUCCGUUCUGAGAUGUUAAGUUUUAUCUAGUAACCCCCGAAUUUAAGGAGGCUUGAUCUUUAUGAAGUUAAUUGUAUUUUGUUUA